UGGUGGAAGACGACUAUAGUCUAAAAAUGAAAUCCUACACAAAUGGCUAGUUUUUUUCGGUUUUUCUGCCCCGAAGAGAUGAUCUGAUAACCUUGAUAGGCAGUAUACACAAAACAUGUCUUCUAAAGGCAACGAGCUUCGAAAGCUCAGCGAAGAAAGCUUGCAGAGGCAACCUGAAGAAGUUUUCGAUGUUUUAGAGAAACUAGGCGAAGGUUCAUAUGGCUCUGUGUUUAAAGCAAUGCAUAAAGAGUCUGGGCAAGUUGUUGCAAUCAAACAGGUUCCAGUUGACACAGAUCUCCAAGAGAUUAUCAAAGAAAUAAGCAUGAUGCAGCAAUGUGUUAGCCCAUAUGUUGUGAAAUAUUAUGGCAGUUAUUUCAAGAAUACUGACCUCUGGAUUGUGAUGGAAUAUUGUGGUGCUGGGUCAGUCUCAGACAUAAUGAAACUUCGAAAUAAAACUUGUUCAGAGGAUCAGAUUGCAUGUAUGUUGAGUUAUGCUUUGAAGGGAUUAGAGUAUCUUCAUUUACGAAGGAAAAUUCAUAGGGAUAUAAAGGCUGGAAAUAUUUUAUUAAAUACUGAAGGACAUGCGAAGCUUGCAGAUUUUGGGGUUGCUGGACAACUCACUGAUACAAUGGCUAAGAGAAACACAGUAAUUGGGACACCAUUUUGGAUGGCACCUGAAGUUAUACAGGAAAUUGGUUAUGAUUGUUUAGCGGAUAUUUGGUCUUUGGGCAUAACUGCAAUUGAAAUGGCUGAGGGCAAACCACCUUAUGCCGAUAUUCAUCCAAUGAGGGCUAUAUUCAUGAUCCCAACAAAGCCACCACCAUUCUUCAAAUACCCUGACAAAUGGUCAGAUGAAUUUAAAGACUUUGUGAAAAGUUGUUUAGUCAAAAACCCUGAGCAAAGAGUCACUGCUCAGAUGCUAUUGACGCAUCCAUUCAUAAGAAAAGCAGGACCAUGUACGACACUUCUUGGUAUGAUUAAAGAGGCUCUGGAUAUAUUAGCACAGGAACCCAAAGAUGACGAUGAAGAUGAUGUUCCUGAUGGGAAUGACUAUGACGAGGACGAGGAUGAUGAUGAGGUUGAAACAGAGUCUGGGACGAUGAUUGUAAACAAAGAUAUACUUGAUGGGACAAUGGUUGUCAAUGAGGAGGGAACUAUGGUGAUAAAUAGUGAUAGUGAUGGAACAAUGGUGAUAAAUAGUGAUCAAGAGACACUCAGAUCUGGUAUGGGAACGAUGGUAAUCAAUGAUGAUGAUGAUGAUGAUGAAGAAGAAGAAGGCACAAUGAAACGAAUAGGCACGACAGAAUCAAAGGAAGAAUAUCGGCCAUCGUUCAUGGAUCAUUUCGAUAAGAUGUUUGAGUCACCACAACAAACUAAUCAUGUCAAUGAAAGAAAAGGUUCAGAUAGUUCAACAAACUCUCAGGUUGUCAUGAGAAGAGCAGAAUCACCUUUUAGUCCGCCAAAGAAAUUUGGACCAGGAGAUUUCGAAUUUUUAAGAAGUUUAUCCUUCGACGAACUUUUGUCCAGAAUGAACUCACUCGAUUCUGAAAUGGAAAAAGAAAUCGAUUCUUUGCGUAAGCGCUAUCAGGGAAAACGACAGCCUAUACUAGACGCGAUGGAGGCGAAAAAACGACGUCAGCAAAAUUUCUAAAAUUUUAUAAGGACCGGCCGUCAAAGACUAUAUUUCAUUCACCGUUCGUGAUUGGCUAGGUUUUGUCAAUGACAGUUUGAAAACUGAUUUAAAUGUAAGCACGUGUACAAAAGCACUUGAAGCACAGAGAUCUCGUAUUUAUAAUAGUCCGCAAGCACCCUUUCAAAAGCUAAGAAUUGGGGGCUAGGCGAAAAAAAGCUUUUUAGGGAGGGAAUUUUGUAUUAUCAAUCUGCUGUUAUUUUAAUAAUGGAGGAAGAUAAACCAAUCUUGGCGCCAUUUUUUCGCUGUGAUUGACUGUUUAUCUUCAACAUAAAUCAGGCUAGUCAGGCUAGCUUUCCCUAAAAACGUCGGGUGCUCCACACACGGACAAAUCUAACUUAAGAUUGAAUACGGUAUUGCGAAAAGAGGUGCAGAAAAGUAAACUGCAUUGUGUAUGCCUUGGCGAGGCCCAAGGCGAUAUUAGGUGUUUUAGUUUUGUCUUGCUUUUAUUUAAUAUAAUUAGAAAUAAAUUUAGGACAGAAAAGUGACCAAACCUGUCCCCAAUUGAUUCA